AUGCGGAAUAGGUUAUUAUUUGAUAAUAACCGGGAACAUAUCGUACAAGCCAUCAAAGGAUCUUUCAUGGAUUUGAACUUGUGGAAAGAGGCUAUAUACCAUAAUGAGCUUGCCUUCCCAACUCAGGUUAGAGAUCAUCGACUGCGCUCCAUCAUUGUUGUCCUCCCGCAAGAAUCAACGCUAUAUUGCAUUGCUGAUGCCUCUUGGAAGUCUGAACAUGAAGCUGCAGGCAUAGGGUGGUCCUUAUACAGUCGACAAGGCACUCUCAUUAUGCAAGGAAGCUCAGCAAUUGCAUCAACAAAUUCAGCCUUCGAAGCCGAGGCAGUGGCAACUUUGCUAGCUGUUCAACAAUUACAUAGACUGCACUACAAGAAUGUUAUAUUUCUAGGUGAUAACACUCAGUUAUUUAAAAGCUUGGAGCCUAGUCGAGGACGUGAAAAUACUGCUUGUCAUGAAGCUUCUACGAUGGUGCAGGACAUCCUCAAUCUGGCCAAGCUAAAUGAUUACUCUUUCAAACAGGUCCCUAGGAAUUUAAUUUAUCAUGUUGAUCAAUUAGCAAAGAGAGCUAGACUAUCUAACCAGCAAUAUGUAAUAGCUUGGCUCUCACCAUAA